AUGGGCUCAUCAAGUCAAGACGAAGUCUACGUGACGGUGUCUGCGCUCGAGGCGGGACAGCUCACUCUCCCCGAACGCCUGUUCAUCACCGAUGCCGACCCCGAAAAGAAAGCCACAGUCCCUUCUCUGUCGUUUCUGAUCCAGCAUCCGUCCUCAGAUGGGAAAGUGACCAAGUUUGUCUUCGAUCUGGGCCUCAAGCGUGAUCUGACGAAAUAUCCGCCUGCGCAACAAGCUCAUAUUUCGAACCGUCAACCUACUAUCCUCCACCCCGACUGCGCUGAUAGUCUGCGGGCAGGCGGUCUCGAUCCGGCGAAGGACAUUGACAUAGUCAUGCUAUCCCACGUUCACUGGGACCAUGAGGGCACACCGGACGAUUUCCCCAACUCUCAGUUUGUCGUCGGGUCGGGGACACUGCACUUGCUGGAGAACGGGGCGCCGCCUCACUACCCGAAAGCAAUCUUCAAUCCAGAUCUCCUACCCAAGGACCGCACGUCCGAAUUACCGCCGACAAGGCAAGAAAGCACCACCGCAGCGAAGUCGCAGACGAACCAUACGUGGCAGCCUUUCGCGGGAUUUCCCAACACGGUUGACUUCUUUGGCGACGGGAGUCUGUACGUCGUCGACUCUCCGGGACACUUGUUCGGACACGUCAAUCUCCUCGCGCGUCUCAGUCACACGAAGUGGGUAUACUUGGGCGGAGAUUGCUGUCAUGAUCCGCGAAUCCUUACGGGUGAAAAGGACAUUGCGUUGUAUGAUGAUGGACACGGCGGGUUGAGGUCGGUGCAUGUGGACACGGAGCAGGCGAAAGACACUCUCGCAAAGAUUGGACCGCUGCUGAAGAAGCCGUGUCCCGUGUUCGCACAGGGAGAGAACGAGGAGCCGGUGGAGGUGGAAGUGAUUGUUGCGCACGACAAGGGGUGGCGGGAGGCGAACAAGAGCAAGUUCUUCCCAGGCACUCUAUAA